AUGGAUAUACUCUGUUUAAUACGUCGUUUACCUGAAAUAGUUGCAUACAAUAAAUUUGAUGAUGAUUUAUUUGAUCGUUUGAAUUAUUCACAUACAGUAGCAAUAUUAAUUGUAUUCGCUAUUAUUGUUACUAAUCGACAAUUCAGUGAUAAUCAAAUUAAAUGCUGGGUUCCUGCUCAAUUUACUGGUGGCUAUGAACAAUAUGUUAAUCAAAUAUGUUUUAUAACAAAUACAUAUUCAUUUGAUAUGCAUGAAACUUUACCAGAUGAUUAUUCACAACGUCAUGAUCAUGAACUUAAAUAUUAUCAAUGGACACCAUUUAUUCUUCUAUUAAUGGCUAUUCUAUUUUAUAUUCCACAUAAAUUUUGGCGUGGUUUAAGUCUUCGUAGUGGUGUAGAUUUAACAGAUUUAAUCGAAGCAGCACAAACAUAUCGUUCAUCAAAUAUACGACAUGAUGAUAAAAUAAAAUUACUUGCAUAUUUAACAAAUUGGAUAGAUGGUUAUUGUUCCAAUACAUAUCGUUUAACGACACUUUAUUCAAGAAAAUCUCCGCGAACACGAAUAGCUAAAUUAAUUCGUAUUGUACGUCGUUUUAUUUUUCCUAUGGGUAGAUAUACUGGCAAUUAUUUAAUAAGAAGUUAUUUACUCAUUAAAUUUCUUUAUUUAUUUAAUUCAAUUGGACAAAUUUUCUUAUUAAAUGUAUUAUUAGGAAGAAAUUAUUGGUUUUAUGGUAUUGAACUUAUCUAUCGAUAUUGGACACAAAAUAUUGGUCUACUAACUGCAGGAAAUGAAUAUUUUCCUAAAGUGGUUUUAUGUGAUUUUACUAUUCGUGAACCAAAUCAUCCAAAAGAAUCUCAUCGUUAUACAGUUCAAUGUGUAUUACCAUUUAAUUUAUUUAAUCAACAAAUAUUUACAUAUCUAUAUUUUUGGUUAGCAAUACUUUCUUGUUUUAAUCUUGUAUCUAUUUUCAUUUGGUGUUAUCGUUUGAAAUCCUCUCGUAAUUUUCAUUAUCUUGAACGACGUCUUAAGUUUCAUUUUUUACUAAAUGAAAAUCCUAAAAUAACAGAUGAUUUAAAACGUCAAUUUGUUUAUAAAUAUUUACAAGGUGAUGGAACAUUUAUGUUACAUUUAGUUACAUCGAAUGUUAGUGAUUAUGUUUGUAGAAAAAUUUUAUUAGAACUUUACAAUGUAUUUCAAGACUCACUAGAUAAACAUACAAUUGGUCGUGAACCUUUAUUUAAACCAAUAUCAAUGGAGAAAUUUGAUGAUGAUGAUAAUACGAGAGAAGAUGAAAAUAAAAAACAAAAUGAUGACAAUGAAAAUGAUGAAAAUACAAAUCAAACAAUUGUAAGUGAUAUUCCACCAAUACCUAAUCCUCGACAUGGAAAAGUAUUUAUUGAAUCAAAUACAAAUUCGAAAUUACAAUUAGAUCAAACAGAUAGUGAACCAACGGAAUCAAAACAAACUGAUUCUUCUUCUAUUUUGUUGAAUACUACUAAUGGACAAAUACGUUUACGUAGUUCCAUAACACCACUAUUAAAAGAUAUUCGUCGCACAUCGGAAAUACAACCUGAUUCUACAGCGACAACACCUCGUUAUAAAAAUGUAGACUUUCAUCUAGAGUCAGAUACAACACUAUUAUCAACAUUAUCUUCUCCUUCGGUACCAUCUCAUUCUCCUCCUCUUCCUCCUCCUCCUCCGCCACCUCCAUUUCCUGUUCUAUUUCAAUCGAGUAUAAAAGGUCCAUCACCUUAUGCAACUACAUAUUUAACAGCUAGAAAAAGAAGUGAACAUGAAUUACCUUAUAUUGAUGAUAGUAUUUCAAGUGGUUCUACGUCGACUCGAUUAACUAGUAUGAAUGUUGUUCGAGAACCAGACAAACCAAAAACACUACUCAAACCAUCUAAUGUUUUCUUUCGACGAAGUCAUGAUGUAUAA